AUGAGGAGCAUUAAUCAGGGAACAUUCCCCAAAUCUUGCCUUCCCCUCUCCCUUUGGCUCUCCCUUUUCCCCUCCCUUUCUCCCUCCCGUUCGCUCUCCCUUCUGCUCUUCCUUUCCCUCUCCCUCACCCUCGCCCUUUCCCUCUCCCUUUCCCUCUCCCCUUGGCUCUCCCUUUUCCCCUCCCUUUCUCCCUCUUGUUCGCGCUCCCUUCUGCUCUUCCUUUCCCACUCCCUCUCCCUCUCCCUUUCCCUCUCCCUUUCCCUCUCCCUUUCCCUCUCCCUUUCCCUCUCCCUUUCCCUCUCCCUUUCCCUCUCCCUUUCCCUCUCCCUUUUCCUCUCCCUUUCCCUCUCCCUUUUCCUCUUCCUUUCCCUCUCCCUUUCCCUCUCCCUUUCCCUCUGCCGCCAGAGUCCCACUACCGCUGUCGCCCCACCCAUUUCUUCCUCGCACAUCACAUUACCCCCUGCACUUGCAUCUCUUCCAGUGUUCACACCCAUGCCAGCAACACCCACGCGUGACCUUCGCUUCCUCCGUCCGUCUGCUGCUGCUGCUGCUGCUGCUGCUGCUGCUGCUGCUGCUGCUGCUGCUGCUGCUGCUUGUGGUAAUGGUGCUUCUGGUGGUGCUGUUGGUGCUGCUGGUAAUGGUGCUUCUGGUGGUGCUGCUACGUGUGGUGGUGGUGGUGCUGCUACGUGUGGUGGUGGUGGUGGCGGUGGUGGUGGUGGUGCUGCUACGUGUGGUGGUGGUGGUGGCGGUGGUGGUGGUGCUGCUACGUGUGGUGGUGGUGGUGGCGGUGGUGGUGGUGCUGCUACGUGUGGUGGUGGUGGUGGUGGUGGCGGUGGUGGUGGUGGUGCUGCUACGUGUGGUGGUGGUGGUGGCGGUGGUGGUGGUGCUGCUACGUGUGGUGGUGGUGGUGGCGGUGGUGGUGGUGCUGCUACGUGUGGUGGUGGUGGCGGUGGUGGUGGUGCUGCUGCUACGUGUGGUGGUGGUGGUGGUGGUGGUGCUGCUGCUACGUGUGGUGGUGGUGGUGGCGGUGGUGGUGGUGCUGCUGCUACGUGUGGUGGUGGUGGCGGUGGUGGUGGUGCUGCUGCUACGUGUGGUGGUGGUGGUGGUGGUGCUGCUGCUGCUACGUGUGGUGGUGGUGGUGGCGGUGGUGGUGGUGCUGCUGCUACGUGUGGUGGUGGUGGUGGUGCUGCUGCUGCUGCUACGUGUGGUGGUGGUGGUGGUGCUGCUGCUACGUGUGGUGGUGGUGGUGGCGGUGGUGGUGCUGCUGCUGCUACGUGUGGUGGUGGUGGUGGUGGUGGUGCUGCUGCUGCUGCUGCUACGUGUGGUGGUGGUGGUGGUGGUGGUGGUGGUGGUGGUGGUGGUGGUGGUGGUGGUGGUGGUGGUGGUGCUGCUGCUACGUGUGGUGGUGGUGGUGGCGGUGGUGGUGGUGCUGCUGCUACGUGUGGUGGUGGUGGUGGUGCUGCUGCUGCUGCUACGUGUGGUGGUGGUGGUGGUGGUGGUGGUGCUGCUACGUGUGGUGGUGGUGGUGGUGCUGCUACGUGUGGUGGUGGUGGUGGUGGUGGUGGUGGUGGUGGUGGUGGUGGUGGUGCUGCUACGUGUGGUGGUGGUGGUGGUGGUGGUGGUGGUGGUGGUGCUGCUGCUGCUACGUGUGGUGGUGGUGGUGGCGGUGGUGGUGGUGCUGCUGCUACGUGUGGUGGUGGUGGUGGUGGUGGUGCUGCUGCUGCUGCUGCUGCUACGUGUGGUGGUGGUGGUGGCGGUGGUGGUGGUGCUGCUGCUACGUGUGGUGGUGGUGGUGGUGCUGCUGCUGCUGCUACGUGUGGUGGUGGUGGUGGUGGUGGUGGUGCUGCUACGUGUGGUGGUGGUGGUGGCGGUGGUGGUGGUGCUGCUGCUACGUGUGGUGGUGGUGGUGGUGGUGGUGGUGGUGGUGGUGGUGGUGGUGGUGGUGGUGGUGGUGGUGGUGGUGGUGGUGGUGGUGGUGGUGGUGGUGCUGCUGCUGCUGCUGCUGCUGCUGCUACGUGUGGUGGUGGUGGUGGUGGUGGUGGUGGUGGUGGUGGUGGUGGUGCUGCUGCUGCUGCUGCUGCUGCUGCUGCUGCUGCUGCUGCUACGUGUGGUGGUGGUGGUGGCGGUGGUGGUGGUGGUGGUGGUGGUGGUGGUGGUGGUGGUGGUGGUGGUGGUGGUGGUGGUGGUGGUGGUGGUGGUGGUGGUGGUGGUGGUGGUGGUGGUGGUGGUGGUGGUGGUGGUGGUGGUGGUGGUGGUGGUGGUGGUGGUGGUGCUGCUGCUGCUGCUGCUGCUGCUGCUGCUGCUGCUGCUGCUGCUGCUACAUCUGACACAUUUGUGUCACACCUGCAUCAUCACGAAUACACCGAGCAGCACGAAUGCUAA